UUAAACACCGUCUAAUGUCAAAAUAAUCUCUCUAUAUAUAUUAUAUGCUUGUAUGUGUAUAUACAAGUGUGCCAAUAGACAAGCACAACUUGUUUUUUUUAAUAUGCUUUAUUUGUUAUGCCAUAUAAUGAACCAAAUAUGCUCUGAAUACCUAUAAAUCUUUCCUAUGUAUUUCAACAAAAAUCAGCUUAAGUAGAAUCUUCCAACCAUUCGUGUUUAAUUAAAUAUAUCAGUGGUUCAAUCUAGGCAAAACUCUCCCUUCCCAUGGCUACAACUUCCAAUGUCGUUAUAUAUCAUAAGCCAUAAACAAGAACCUUUUCUUGUUAUAUAUCAUAAGCCAUAAACAAGAACCUCUUCUUUAAACAGAACUCUUCAAAUCUCCUCUAAAAUCUCAACCACCUUUGAAUAGAAUAACUGAUGAUAGUGAAUAAUGGAUCUCCACAACAUCUCCCUCCCUUGUCCAAUGACAAAAACCCAAAUUUCAGCAGAAGGUAACACCUGUCCAAUUGCCUUCCACAUGGUUAGUACACAUGUCAAGCAAUGGAUUGCUUUAAAAAACUAUAAAUUUGAGCAACUCUGAGAUCUCCACAACUCAGAGUUUUGAGCAAUAGUUGCAUAUAUUAUCUGUUAUACCAAGAACCAAGAAGUUUGAAAAAAAUGGACAGUUCACAGAACAUGAGUUAUCAAGCUGGCCAGACCAAGGGCCAAGCCCAGCAAAAGGGCAACCAGAUGAUGGACAAGGCCAGCAAUGCUGCCCAAUCUGCCAAGGAAAGCAUGCAAGAGGCUGGUCAGCAAAUGAAGGCUAAAGCACAGGAUGCAGCUGAUGCAGUUAAGAAUGCAACUGGCACGAACAAAUGAAUGCUUCAGGGAUGAUAGAUUCAUCUCUUAGAUGUUUUUAUUUUUGUUUUUUGUUUUCAUUUGCAGUUUAUGCAUAUGCUCCUCUUGUGGAGCUGCGGGUUGUUUGGUUUGUCUUAUGAACCAACACCAGAGCUCUCUCUUUGAGUUCUUCCUUCAUAAAUUAAUUUCUUAAGAAGUCAAUGUUUGCUGUUUUGAGAAUUUUUUUGUGCUUCAUUUUUCUUUUCACUUGAAGUUCUUAUAAUGAUGCAUCGACAAUGAAUCAA